AUGUUAUGGCUCUGCGAUGCCUUGACCGUGUUCAAUUCUAUUAUGGAAGAUGAAGACUAUAAAUUAGAGAAACUACCAUGGCGGCUGCAGCACGUCUUGCUACGACAGAAUAAUGACAAAUUGCUACAUAGUGUGAACGUUGACGAGAGCCUUAAGGGGACUCCUGAGAAAUAUGUCAGCAAGGACGAAGAUUAUUGGGACUCUGAUCUCCAUGACACGGAGGAGAAAGAGGUGCCUUGGCAUUUACUGAAGCACGGAAACCUUAAUUCGUCGGGUGUGUGCAUCUAUAAGCACUCCACCGCGCUCCAUCCUGCUUCUCUCUUUGGCUAUGUGCGGAUGGCAGAACUCUUAGACCUGUGA